AUGCUGGAUUUUUUCGAAGGAAAUCGACAGAAGGCCAUGAAAAGAUGGACGGAAACUUUGCAGUGGCGUUGUGAGAUCGAUGAUGAAGGCAUGUUCACUCGCCCAAACCCAGACUUUUUCAAGAUCCAAAAGCACUUUCCGACUUCGAUUCACUUACCUGACAGGGCUGGACGUCUCACGUAUUGGAAUCGGGUCGGGCAAUGGAAUUCAGGUGGAUUGGAUGAAGACGGUUUGACAGUCGAGCGCAUCCGUGAUGAUUACAUCUGGCAGACCCUGUUUACGUGGGAUGUUUGGUUGAAGCGUGACGACCGGCAACAUUUGACCAUCAUCAUGGACAUGGAGGGGUUUCGGUUAUCCAUACUUACGCCAAAGCUUUUGCGGAUUUUUUCAGCAUCGUUCAACGCGGUGCAAGCACACAUGCCUGAUCGAGAACAUUUGGUGUUGGUUAUUAACGCGCCUGAAUGGUGGAGGACAGUGUGGGCAAUUUUCCGUCCGUUCCUGGCAAAGAAGCAACAAGAACGACUUCGGGUUUGUGUUGGACAAAAGGAAUCCUUUGAGACCCUGCGGGAAUUCAUUGAUGUGAGCAAUUUGCCGAAAGCCUAUGGGGGCUCUGGUGUCGAGCUCGGUUCUGCACCGGCCAACUUGCAAAGAAAAAAAUACGCUGCUGAAGGUGCAGGAAGGUUUCUAAUGUUGAUCCUUGCCUUUGUGUUAGUCAUUUGGCUCAUUUUGGCAGAAAUGGGCACGCUGGCAGAGGUAAAGGAUGUUGCUGUUUCUGGCUUUGACGAGAUUGUGACCAGGGAUGGCGUUCCAACGGGUGUACCCAGAGCGCACCAGAAGAUCGUAAAGUGGGAGCAUCAGCCUGGUCACAGACCCUUCACAAGCUACAAGCUUCCAAAGUGGGUGAAGCAUCCUGAUUCCCAGAAGGCAGCCAUGUUCUUGCAGCCUGAGGACUACAUGGGCUCCAAGAGAAGACACAACAUCCAUUGCUGGAAUGUGGCCCAUAUCGGUGCACAAUGCGGGAUGUUCGAGGGUCAGGGCUUCAAGAUGCUCGAGAAAGCUUCAAGCGAAGAGAUCAAUGCACCAGACGCCUUGGAAGGCUUUACGCCGCUUCAUUGGGCUGUGUUGUCGGACAACCCCAAGGCCGUGAUCUGGCUGCUGAAGAAUGGAGCAGACAAAGACGCCAAAGAUGCACAGGGAAGGACGGCUGAAGACCUGAUCGAGGACUACUGGGGAGACUUUCACCAGCGGUACUGGGGGCACUUCCCAAAGCAAGAUGGUCUUCCUCAAGUUGACAAGGUUUUUCCCAAGAGGCUGAAACAAAUGAAGGAUGCGUUCAAGCUGACGUUUGCAGCCACAGACUCUGACAUCGACGGGUACAAGUCCAUUGAGGUUUAA